AUGAGCACUCAAACCACCACCCACACCGAGGCAGCUUCGCAGCCCAAGCUCAAGUUCCAACUCGCCGACCUGAACAACAACGCAAAGAUUGAGAAAUUCCUUGAACCAGUUGCCAACGAUGACUACGCCCGUGCCGUUGAUCUCAUCAAGAGCCGCCUACCGCACAUGUCCCAGAUUGCCGCUCUUUUCUGUGUCAACCUGGGGCCCUUGCAGCCAGACUUGCUAAUCGAUUCUCGCAGCACGCCUGCGACCCUCCAAACCGCGCCCGGCCCGCCGCCCACGACUGAUGCCUAUCUUUCCGUCCGGCCCAACAUGGUCCCCCGCUUCGCACGCGGUGAGAUGGAAGCUCGCUACGCCCUCAACUUCGGCCACAUCCUCAUCCACUCCGGCAGCACACGCAUAGGCGUCAAAUUCCUCGACGCCCUCUCCCCCUUCGCCGCCCGCACCACCCACCCCAAGCUCUCCACGCUCGACCUCUCCUCGCUCCCCAAACCCACCACCUCAGUCCCCCAAGUCAAAGCCGACCUCGACCGCUGGGGCUACGGCCUCGUCGCCGACGCCCUUACGCCCUCCGAACUCUCCGCCCUGCGCACCCGCCUCUCCGAGCAAGCCGCGGGCGAAGCCGCCGCGACCGUCGCCUUCCACGACGGCGGCGACACCAAGCCCAACCAGCGCAUCUGGUGCCUGCCCAACAAAGGCGCGUGCUUCAACGAGCUGCUCGACACAAACCGCGUCAUCGACGACUUCGUCUUCGACUUUUGCGGCGACGACGCCAUCCUCUUCUCGUACACGGCCAACAUCGUGCGUCCGGGCAACGCGCCCAUGCACAUGCACACCGACCAAUUGAGCAUCCAGCCGCCGAUCCGCGACGUCGCUGUGGGGUUGAACCUCAUGUAUUUCCUGGAGGAUGUCAGUGCGGAUAAUGGCGGGACUUAUAUCAUGCCGGGCAGCCACAAGGGGGAGUUCGCGCCCGAUGACCCGUACAGGCACGAGGAGGUCGUGUGUGCCGAGGGCAAGGCGGGCACGUGUCUGGUGUUUGAGAGCCGGCUGUGGCAUGCCACGGGGAGGAAUGUGAGGGGCGAGGGCGAGAGGCCGGUGCUGUUGGCGUUCUUUGUGAGGAGCUGGAUGCGCCAGGCCGAGCAGUUUGUGUUGAGUGUCAGGGACGAGGUGGUGCAGGGCGCAAGUGACCGGGUCAAGGGGUUUAUGGGCUGGCGGUGCACGGGCUUGGUGGGGGGUGUGCAGGGGAAGUGGAAGGAUGGAGCGAUUGUGAGGAGGCCAGUGGGGGAUGAGGUGGUGGGAGUGCUGGGAGGAGAGGAUCGGUCGUUGGGCGAUGGUGUGUGA